UUUCCAGGAGAAACAUUGAUUUUAAUUGUGAUUAGUAUGCUCAAAAUAGGCAUGUGUGCUGUUUGGAUAAUACUUUUCGCAUACCUUUUAAGGGUAUCUUCUGCUAAAAACGGAUGCGAUGUUGUGUUUUUUAAACAAAGUUAUGUGGACACGUGUAUUGACAACACUGGCCAAUCAUUGUCCACAAAACAUUCAUCGUCGCCGGUACAUCCUCAUCAUACGAUAUGCUCCGUAGAACGUUGCGGUAUCCUGCGCAUGUUAGAAUGUGUUGAUGGCGUUUGGUUAGAUGAAGAGCAACGAAGUUAUCAAUCGUAUAAGGAUGAAAAAUGUUUUGUUCCACUGGAAAAACCGGAAAAGACUAAAAGGAAGAAACGUUCCUUCUGGAGACGACGUAGAUCAGGAGGUGGAUCGAGUCCACCGACACCUAACUGUGGGAAGCCCGGAGCAGUCGCUGGCGCGUCAAUUACUACAACAACGACUAAUCAAGGCGGUGUUGCAACAUACACCUGUUUUUCGACUCAUUUGCACACAUCGGGAGAUCUGAGGAGAACAUGUCAAUCAAAUUCACAAUGGAGUGGAGUUGAACCUGUUUGCGCAUAUAUGAGAUCGUGCGACAGCAGCCCAUGCUUGAAUGAAGGCAGAUGUACAAAUAUCCAGGAGAGUUAUACAUGCAGCUGCCCCGUUAUAUGGACAGGAUCCCGUUGUGAAAAUGUCGCGCAUGUAUGUGCACGCGAUCCAUGUGUCAAUUAUGACAGUUGCGAGGAUGGAGCUGACAUGUACACUUGUAACUGUCUUCCCGGUUGGAGCGGACAAGUCUGCAACAUUCCUGUCGAAUGUGGUCAUCCGAAUAAAGCUGCCAAUGCGUCAGUGUCAUUCACGCAUACGACUCUUGGUGGCAUUGCAACUUAUGCAUGUGAUCAGGACUUCAAUAUGACGUCAGGGGAUCAGACGAGAAUGUGUUUGUUUAACGGGUUAUGGAGCGGAAAAAAACCAAUAUGCAAAUUGGUCGCGUCCUGCAAAAGUUCGCCCUGCCAAAAUGGAGGACAGUGCCAAAAUAAAAUAGAAGAUUUUGAAUGUUACUGUCCUACUGGAUGGGACGGAACGACCUGCGAAAAGGAUGUCCAACCACCAAUUUUGGAAAACUGUUCCACCAGUUUGAUAGUGAACGCCACUGAAAAUACAAAACUUGUUUCCUGGACACAGCCGGUGUUUAGCGAUCCUAUGAAUACAGAAUUGAGACUUUCCAGCAACUAUGAAAAUCCACAAUCCGUUUUUCCCUGGGGAGACUUUACUAUAACCUACGCAGCGACAAAAGUAAAGAAUGGGUUGCGAACGGAAUGUACCUUCAAUGUUUCUGUUCGACCAACGCCAUGUGAACCGUUAAACCAGCCUAUGAAUGGCGCACUCCUUUGCAAUGGAUGGGGCAGCCAAUAUGGGAUAUUUUGCCUGGUCGGUUGUAGGAGCAACUUCACAAUUACACCACCAAACCGUUACGGCCAUUGGCUUAUAUGCGGCGCAUCGGGAAACUGGUCUAGCAAAGCCCCAGAAUGCUCACUGAAAAUGGAGACCGUCAACGACAUACUGCUGUUCCAUCCGUCAUAUAAAGACUUCUCCUUCGAUGAAUGCCAUGCCUCAUUGAAACUAAGACAAACAUUUAUAUCAGAAAUGGCCGUACACUCGGAUCUGUCCGAGUUUUGCAAAAAAUACCCGCCGUGUAACGACGUAAACAAUGUGACUGUUGUUUGCUAGUUCAUCUGAUUAAAUAAGUUAAUUACAUUAUGGCUUAAUGAACUGACUUAUAGCUUAAUAUUAAAAUGUCAAACCAUAUUUUAUAAUGUGUUGAAGGACAAGUUGAAAUUAUUCGUGUAAUUACCUUUAGAUAUCGGGUGAAAAUGAAAAGCUUUUCCGACCAUGUUCUAUAAUACGCGCUGUAAAGUUAAUUUGUAACAUAGAAAUCAUUAAUAUAACAGUUGAACUUUAAUGAAAUAUUCAUCUCUGGUCAUAGCCACAUAGCUAUUCGCGUAAUUGACUUUUAUACCUUAACUAUUGU